ACAAAUGUAAACAGAUAGAAGACGUCUGUUGUUGUCGCAAAACUUAAUAGUUGUGACAAGAGCAGCUUGAAGUAAACUAAGAAUGAAUCGCAUUCAGAAAAACAGGUUGGCGCGGCCUCCUGGAGCCCAAGGAGCUGAGCUUGAAAAUCAGUUCAUUCUUCGCCUGCCCUUGUAUUUACAGGCCCAAGCACAAAAUUUGAAGGAAGCUAUUAAGCAGGGACAGACGAACAUCAAAGACCGCCUUUCCAUCCAGCUGGACUUCACCAAUGACAAAGAUGACAUGCGUAAUGGUAUCAUCACCUUUGACACCAUCAUGUACAAAGCAAGGCUUGUGGAUAUCCCUACAAUUAUGGAAACCUGGAAGACCAUUGAUGGCAAGAAUUUCUACAAAACAGCUGAUGUUUGUCAGAUGCUGAUGGUACGCGAAGAGGAGGAUCCCCCAGAGGAAGAGGAUCCGAAAAAGAAGCGUCGCGAUCCCAAUAAAGUUGAUAAGAAAUACCUCUGGCCCCACGGCUACACGCCUCCCCUCAAAAAUGUCCGCAAGAGACGUUUCCGCAAAACUCUACGUAAAAAGAAUUUAGACCUGCCGGAAAUUGAGAAAGAAGUAAAGCGUUUAUUGAGAACGGAUAAUGAAGCCAUUAGCGUGCGGUGGGAGGUUGUACGUGAAGAAGAUGAGAAGAAAAACAACGCCGACACAAACUUAUCGUCUUCUAACUUAGAUGAACAACUGUUUGGAGAAGUAUUGAGUUCAUCGGACGAUGAGGUCGGUGCCACAAUCAACAUAUUGGACGAGGAUGACGACUCUCGUCUCUCAGUUGACGACAGCAGAUUCUCGGAGUCGUACUUGAAUGAGACUGGCAACAGCCCCUCGAGCAAGUCCAGCGCUGCCCCUCUGGUGACCAACUUCUCGGGAAUGUUCUGCAACGAAGGCGACUCGUCCUCAUCCAAGCCCCAGACGCCCACCCCCACCAAGCCUAGCUCUAGUAAAGGCAAAGCCAAGCGCUCAACAGCCGCCAAAAAGACAGUCUCGACAGCGGGCGGGCAUGUCCGACCAACAGAGGAAGGAAGUCAUUCCUCUGAGGGCACCAACAAGCUAUAUGCUCGUUUGUCAACCCUCGAGAAUGAUCUAACUAUGCUGACAUCGCAACGUGCAGCUCAAGAGGCUGAAAUUGCAAAUAUUGAGAAUCUGGCUCUAAAACAGAGAUUUGUGACCAAGUUAGCUGACAUAGAAACGCUGAUUAGAGAGAAGGAAUACGAGAUCAACGAAGUGAGGAGCAUGUUGCAAGACUAAUCACAAGAGGGGAAAGGAGAACCUGCAUUAUUAUGAAUGAUAAUUAUUAUGUCAAAAUGCAGAAACUAAGAUAGACUGAUCUUUAGGUCAUUGUCUACACAACAUUUACGUAUGUGUGUGUGUGUGUGUGUGUGUGUGUGUGUGUGUGUGUGUGUGUGUGUGUGUGUGUGUGUGUGUGUGUGUGUGUGUGUGUGUGUGCGUGUGCGUGUGCGUGUGUGUGUGUGUGUGUGUGUCUGUCUGUCUGUCUGUCUCUGUCUCUGUCUCUGUGUGUUUGUUUGUUUGCCUCUCUGUCUAUCUCUCUGUAUCUCUGCGUGUGCCAGCAUGAGUACAUGUGUGUUUUUAUACAUUUCUGUAUAUCUGUGUGUGUGUAUGUGUGUAUCAUCAUCAUGUUAAAUUAUCAUUAUUAUAGAUUCAAUAAUAUUAUUGUUUGUAAUUAUCAAAGCUCUCCUUGACAUUCAUAUAAUGAUGUAAAUUGUAUUAUUGGGUUGUCAUUGUAAAUGUUAUAUUGAUAUUGUUAUUAAUACUGUGAAUAUUGCCAUCAGUAAUAUUGGUCUAUAUGUUUUGUAUAUUACUUUUUUCCUUUUUUUUAUUUUUAUUUUUUAAUCAACAGUUACUAAAAGUGCUUAACAAAAUGUACACAUUUUUUUGCUGUUUGUAGUAAUAAUAUUUGUAAUCAGUUUGUGAUAUGAAAUAAAUAAAAUGGGAUAAUAUUUUAA